GUUGUGUCGUAUGACCCAACCCAAUUCAACAAACUUAUUGAAGGUAAAACAAUAAUGUUGAGAAAUUUCAUCCGAAGGGAUGGGUAUAUCAUUCUAACCCGAACAUCUAGACUGUUCCCAACACAAGAAAUUGAAGUCCCUGACAGCAGAGUACAAGAGGGUAAGGCUCUUGUCAAUCCACCAGCGGCUCCUAUGGUUUCAUUGAGAGAAGCACUAAGGUCACCUCCAAAAACCAAAACAACUGUUUGCGGGAAAGUCAUUCAGGAUGAAGAAGAGCGCGACAUCCUGGUAGGAAAGUCGAAAAGUCCGACAAAGAUGAGAACAAUUUACAUACAGGAUGAAACGGUGGACAGAGUAAAAGUGGCUUUGUCGAGAAACACUAACAAAAACGUCAGAACUGGGGAUUUCGUCAAUACACACUUACCAAACAAAGUACACAACUGA